UGGGACGCGGAAGAGCAGGUGCAGCCAUCAUACCGAGCAGCAUCACAACAUCCGUUAUCAGCAGAGAGAAGCUCCCGAGGCUCAGACAGGCCUGAGCACAGAGCCUCUCACAGAGGAACACACCCGUUUCAUCUCUAGUUAGCGGUUAGAGAGUGAGGAGGCCCGUCGACAUGACUCUGAACCAGAACCACUCGGAGUCCGGCGGAGUCAUCAUCAACAACAGUGAGAGCGUGUUGAUGAACCAUGAUAACGUGGAGCUGCUUUUCUGUGACGCAGAGAGCCUGCCUGAAGCCUUCAGGAAGAGCAAGAAGGGCAGCAUCUACCUAACUCCAUACAGGGUGAUCUUUGUGGCUAAAGGUCGGGAUGCACUGCAGUCCUUCAUGAUGCCCUUCUACCUAAUAAAAGGCUGCGAGAUCAAACAACCUGUAUUGGGAGCCAAUUACAUCAAGGGGUCUGUCAACGCAGAGCCUGGAGGUGGCUGGGAGGGCACUGCUGUGUUCAAGCUUGUCUUUGCCGCUGGAGGAGCUAUAGAGUUUGGCCAGUACAUGCUGCAGGUCGCAGCUCAGGCAUCAAGAGGUCAGCCAGUGACUCCUGGGUUUGGCGGAUGCCCCUACAUGGCCAACGGGGCCUAUGCUUAUCCUCCGCCCCCUGCUAACGGGAUGUACCCUGCCGGACCUCCACCCGGCUACUCCUACCCCAACCCUCCUCCACCAGGUGGAUUCUACCCCCACCCUCCAGCGUUUGAUGCCUCUGCGGCCUACAUACCUCCACCUCCUUAUUCUGCUCCUCUUGGCCAGCAGCCCCCACAUGACCCGGACCUCCCCUCCUCAGCAGCAGCGGAGGCCAAAGCAGCUGAGGCAGCAGCCAGCGCCAGCUGUGCCACGCUGCCUCCUACACAUGUGUACCUGCCACAGGACAAGCCUCCUCCCUACUCCCCUCCAGAAGACAAGAAGAACCAAUAGACUUGCUUGAUCUCUCCCUCACCCCUCUCCGUCUCCUGCUCCCUCUGUCCUCCUGGAUCACCUCGUUUCUCAUUCCAUCAACUGGACAUCAGGAGGGCUCCACGCCCUUCCUCAUCUUCCAGCUCAUUCCUUUUACUUUCACUUUUUCUCAUUCCAUUGCUUCCCGCCUAUACCUUCUCCUUUCCUUUAACGAUUCAUCUAUUGUAAUCAGUUGGAUUCUUUGAGGAAGCACCUUUACUUGAGGGAAAUUAGAAGUAUUGGUAGCAAUCUUUGAGAUGAAGAAGAAUGUUUAGGCCAAAGUUGUCAGGAUUUGGGGGCUUUUUUUCAAAAACUUUGUAACCUGACUAAAUAUUUAGCAUUCAUUGCCUUGCAGGUGUCCCAAGAAUCAUAGCGCCACCCUAAACUCUAGAUUCAGCUAUGUUGUGACACUUAUAAUUUUCUAUGACUGUCUAUAAAACUAGACUGAAUCUAAUGAUGUUAAUUACUUUGCUAAUCUUCAGAGGCAAGCUGAAUGCAGUGUUUUAUUUUUCUAUUAUUUGUGUGUACAGGCUUUUAAUAUGUAGAAUUUUAAAAAUGAGAUAUUUUCUCAAGAACACUAACAUAGAGAAAAACUAGCUUUUGUAAAGAGAGCGGGUUGCAGUGUGGCCUGGCCUGCUUUGACAUAUUUUAGUGGAUGAGAGGACCACGAAGAUUAGAGCAGCGUCGAGCCCCCGCAGCCGAUCCCUGAUCCUGGAUUAGAGCAGAGUGAAGGCGACCAGGGCCUGCAGGGACACACUGCCAGAAGGGAUUAUCUUUAUAAUGUGCAAGAGCAGAGCAGUCACCCAAUGAUGUCACUUCCUGUUUUGUCAUGCCUCCGAACAUUCGAGAAAACAACCGGUCAGACUCACCGCCGGCCUGCUUCACCUCCCAUUCUUCUAAUGUACAUUUUAAACAUUCUAGAAACAAACCUUUUCUCACUGUUUCUACUCUCUGUGUUCGUGAUCUUAACUCUGCAGUUUGAGGUCAGUGUUUGAAUCUGAUCUGAGCACCUCAGUAUCUGAGCCUCUACUCUUCCUUCCUCUGUCGUCACUUAUCUAUAUACUGUAUCUGUGGCACAUCUGUGGCUGAGUCUUUGCACUUUCAGAAUGCUAUGCAUCGGGCUCCUGUUCGCUCUGUCAUGGCUGUGUGUAUAAUAAUAAUAAUAAUAAAGCUCUGUAUUUAUUUCAAACUAAUUUAUUGAAUAAUUCAUGAAAAAUGGCUCAAGUAAGAAAAACAAGCAUGAUCUCAACUAAUGCAUGUAUGCAUUGGAUUGGAUUUUAUUAAACGGAUCUUGAUUCAUGUGAAACAGAA